ACACCGAGCAGGUUUACAUUUGGAUGACCGACCUCCAGUGGCCUAGGCUACACCACGGUGACCUAACACCUCCGCCUCCUCACUAUCAUCACAGCUCACCACCACACCUCGCUAGCAUCCGGGCAGUGACUAACCUGUACACGCCCACUAGCCUUGACCUCGGCAAGUGUCCGCACUUGAGGAAAGGAAAGCGCCUCUAGCCCAGACGACUCCCUUGGGCAAGUGAAGAUGUCUGGAAGUUGAAAAGUUGGUUUCAAACUUAUCCAGGGAGAAUGUAUCGUAGACGUCAGCAGACUCCUCUUUUGGACUGAAGAGAAAGUGGCACAUAAUUGGAAGGGAAGAUGGCGAAUUCGACAGAUGGAUUGUUUUCGCAGAACACACUCGACAAUAUCUCACAAACGGAACCGCUACGGGCAAUACGGGAGAAUGUUUACGGGACGUACACCCAAGGAAUCAUCAUUGCAAUAUGCGGAAACUUUCUGAUCAGCAUAUCUUUAAAUAUCCAGAAGUACACCCAUGUGCGCCAGUCUCAGCGGGGCUCCAGUAAGCCCUACUAUAAGAGUGCGUUGUGGUGGCUGGGCAUCUCCCUCAUGGGCCUGGGGGAGCUGGGCAACUUUGCAGCCUACGGCUUCGCCCCGGCCUCUCUCAUCGCACCCCUGGGCUGCGUCUCUGUGAUAGCCAGUGCCAUUAUCUCAGUGCUCUUCCUCAAAGAGAGUCUCCGCGCCUCCGACCUACUCGGGGGAGCUCUUGCGAUCACUGGGACGUACCUCCUGGUGACCUUUGCCCCCCACUUCGCCCCUCAUGUCACUGCCAACAUGGUGGAGAGGAGCCUGAUGAGCUGGGAGUUCCUCACCUACAUCUUUGUGGAGGUGAUUGCGUUCUGCAUCCUGCUGUACCUGUACAAGUGCAGGAAAAUGAAGCACAUUGUGAUCAUCAUGAUGCUUGUUGCCCUGCUCGCAUCUGUAACAGUCAUCUCAGUCAAAGCCGUGUCUGGCAUGAUCACGGAGUCCAUUCAAGGAAACCAUCUCCAGUUCACCUACCCCAUCUUCUACGUCAUGUUCAUCCUCAUGGUGGCCUCCUGUGCUUUCCAGAUCAAGUUUCUCAAUCAAGCCAUGAAAAUGUUUGAUGCCACAGAAGUGGUGCCAAUCAACUAUGUUUUCUUCACGGCCAGUGCAAUAGUUGCAGGUAUCUUAUUCUAUCAGGAAUUCUUUGGCUUGUCUCCAAUCAACAUCUUCAUGUUUGUUCUUGGAUGUCUACUAUCUUUCAUUGGAGUGUUCUUGAUCGCCCGAACCAGACCCAAAAUCAAGACGGACCGUGUAUUCAUCAGUAUGGGUCAAAUCCCAGAGGUGCACUGAGAAAGUCCAACCAGAGACCAAGAGCACCGCAUACGGAUCCCUGGCAUCCAAGCUGAUGUGCAACAGAGGAGUGCAUACAGACGACUCCUAAACAGUGGUUACACUGGGGCUACAUCAUGGCUACUGUACAGAGAGAGAGAGAGAGAAUGUAUAAUGACUGAAAGAGUGUAAGUGUAAAGACAGCAAGAUUGGGGUGAGUCAGGACUAACCCUGAUAGAGUACGCUGACUUGAAAGUGAUGUGUGUGUGCUGCUCAACCCCAAGACACUGACUGAAGAAAGGUGUUUGCCUUUAACACAAUAACUUCACUCUCAGAGCUCUGCAAGCAAUGAAAAAGGGAAAUAUUCAUGAGAAAAUAAUAUUAUUUUGUUGUCAUGGCGAUAUUUAACUUCUCUACUGAAAUUUAAUAAACAAUGUUAUUAUGCCAUGAAGUGUUGCUGCUGGGUGUCUCCAAAAUUUAACUAACUACUGC